CCGGGGGCGGCGGGGGGGCUGCGCUUGGCGGCCGUGAUGGAGAGCCUGCAGCGGCAGCAGGCGGCCCGCCUGGCCCGCGGCCCCGACGGCGCUCCCCGACGGCUCCCGGUGGAGCCCGGCCCCGGCCCCGGGCCGCCGCCCGCCGCUCCCCGCCGCCGCCCGGCCUCCGGCCCGCGCCCGCCACUCGCUGCUGCGGGGGAGGAGGAGGACGACCAGGAGGAGGAAGAGGAAGAGGAGGAAGAAGGGGAGCCCCGCGACCCACCGCCGCCACCACACCACGAAUGGACCUACGAGGAGCAGUUCAAGCAGCUCUAUGAACUGGAUGAGGACCCGAAACGCAAGGAAUUCCUGGAUGACCUCUUUGGCUUCAUGCAGAAGAGAGGAACACCAGUGAACCGCAUCCCCAUCAUGGCCAAGCAAGUGCUGGACCUGUACACACUGUACCAGCUGGUGACAGACAAGGGUGGCCUGGUCGAAGUCAUCAACAAGAAGAUCUGGCGGGAGAUCACCAAGGGCCUCAACCUACCUACCUCCAUCACCAGCGCUGCCUUCACCCUCCGCACACAAUACAUGAAGUACCUGUAUCCCUACGAAUGUGAGAAGCGGGCGCUCAGCUCUCCUGGAGAGCUCCAAGCUGCUAUCGACAGCAAUCGUCGGGAGGGGCGGAGGCAGACUUUUGGCACAGCACUCUUCAACUACUCACCAGCCAGCACCCCAACCUUGCUGGGCACCCCCAAAAUGCCUCUGCCAGCUCUUAGCAUCUCCACUCAUAGCUGUGGCCAGCUCAGCCAAGUGCACAGUGUUAAGAAAGAGGAUGGAAUGCUGGCAGCAUCAGUGCCAGGGCGCAUCGCUAUCCCAGUGGGACUGGCCAGCCACCAUCUCACAGCAGCCCAAGCAGCAGCUGCCUCACAGGCAGUGGUGCUGGAGCAGCUGCGGGAGAAGCUGGAGACAGGGGAGCCCCCAGAGAAGAAGGUGGCCCUGACAGCAGAAGAGCAGCAGCGGCUGGUGCAACACGCUCUUCAGCACAACCUCCUGGCCAUGGCCUCCCAGUUCCCCAUGAACAUCAAGAUCUCCAACCGAGAUGACAGACAGGAGACCGCAUUGAACCUGUCCACCAACAGCAUUAGCAGUAUCAACAUGUCAAUAGAAAUAAAUGGAGUUGUCUACACAGGUGUCCUGUUCGCCCGCCGGCCCUCAGCCACCUUGGCACCUGCUGGAGGGAGCACCCAGACCCGUCCAAACCCCAUGCCUGCCCCAAACCCCCUGCUCCCAGCCUCCUCUCAAAGCCACACUCCCACUAGCACCUCACUGUAAGGCAGAUGUGCCCCCAUCCUGAAAGCAGCUGGCAGUGCCCAGAGUCUGGGGGGCUGAGCUGUGGGACCCUGGGACCCAGCUGGGCCGCCGGGGUGGGACCCAAAGGUGCCUCUUGCUGCAAUACUGAGCUGUGUCCCUGCAAGGCUGUGAACACCUAUGCAGGCCCUUUUGUCCCUUAUCCCCACGCAUGCCCUCUGACACGCGCACACACACACACACACACACACACACACACAAAAACACA